AUUCUUCCUAUGCAGACAGACACACAACAUGGCGGACUAGAAUAGUCGGCCGACGCGCCCGGAUACAGCAGAUAAACCGUGGGAUUUAAUAUUAAGGAAGCCCAAGAAAGUGCCCUCUGGAGGGACGGUACGUUCGGGCGAAGUGAGGAUUUCGAGGGGAGGGGUCCCUUCCUUGCCUGGGAUUAGCAGAUAAACUGACUGCGAAGUGUUGACUGUGUCCCAGUCCGUGCUUCCCUCCUCUGCUAUCACCCAGGUCCCCCCACCCCGCUCACACUCUCGGUUCCUGGGGUGUGGAGACGGGGACCGGGGUUGAAAAACGUGGAAGCGAAAGAGAGGAUAUAUCCCUGCCUGGCUUCGUUUUGUGUUGUUUUUUUUUUGUUUUUUUGUUUUUCCAAUCCCUCGGGUCUCCUAUGGGUGCUACAGGAGUUGUGGACCAUACUGUGCGAAUGAGUGAUUGAUGCCAACUUCGCUUCUUCAGGGCAGAAUGGGUGCGUGUCCCCUGCUCCUGCUGCUCGGUCUAGCCCUCGGGGCCUCCGCCCAGGAUCAUGCCCCCAUCACAAGUCCUCCAAAUAUCACUGCCAAACCAACAGACCCUCCCGCCGCACCCUCCCUCAACUUUACAGUCGCACGCACACCAGCACACCCAGGCCCACCCACAACGCUCGGCCCUGCAGUCAUCCCAGUGACGACAAGAAUAAUAAGAACAACCACCACCACAACCACAAGCUCAGCUGGUGACGAGGACGUACAACCUGUAGGUCCCAAUGCCACCGUUAAAGUGUUACUAGUUCCUCCUCCCCAACCUCCAGCUCCAACUGAUGCCCUUCAGGGACCACCGAGCACCAAGCCUCACACCCCUCCCACCCCGGUCGGGGGAGACGACAGGACCACAGACUUGACUCCAAACAUCCCAACUACAGAGACUUAUCCUAAUGGGGAUAUAGUCACUGUGGAGACAAAGACCACCACAGAACCUGGAAUGGGUUUCACCUCAGACUCCAGCCCACCUAACAAGAACCAGUCUGAUGAUAUGCCAAUCAUAGCCGUGAUGGUGGCCCUGUCCUCCCUGCUGGUCAUCAUCUUCAUCAUCAUCAUCCUCUACAUGCUCAGGUUUAAGAAGUACAAGCAGGCGGGAAGCCAUUCAAACUCCUUCAGACUGACCAACGGUAGAUCGGAUGAUACAGAACUCCAGAGUGUCCCACUAUUGGCCCGUUCACCCAGCACAAACAGGAAGUACCCGCCACUUCCUGUCGACAAGCUAGAGGAAGAAAUGAACCGUCGCAUGGCUGAUGACAACAAACUCUUCAGGGAGGAGUUUAAUGCACUGCCAGUCUGCCCCAUACAGGCAUCAUGUGACGCUGCUUCAAAGGAAGAGAAUAAAGAAAAGAACAGAUACGUCAACAUCCUGCCAUAUGACCACUCCAGGGUGCAUCUCUCAUCUCUGGAGGGAGUCCCCGACUCGGACUUCAUCAACGCUUCCUUUAUAAAUGGUUACCAAGAGAAGAAUAAGUUUAUUGCAGCUCAAGGGCCAAAGGAGGAAACAGUAAAUGACUUCUGGCGAAUGAUCUGGGAGCAGAACACAUCUACCAUUGUCAUGGUGACAAAUCUGAAGGAGAGGAAAGAGUGUAAGUGUGCCCAGUACUGGCCGGACCAGGGCUGUUGGACAUACGGGAACAUCCGCGUAUCUGUAGAAGACACAAUGGUUCUGGUGGACUACACCAUCCGCAAGUUCUGCAUCCAACAGGUGGGAGACGUGUCUGGGAAGAAGCCUCAGAGGCUCGUCACCCAGUUCCACUUCACCAGCUGGCCAGAUUUUGGGGUGCCCUUUACCCCCAUCGGCAUGCUCAAGUUCCUCAAGAAAGUCAAGACCUUCAACCCCCAGUAUGCUGGGCCCAUUGUGGUCCAUUGUAGUGCGGGUGUGGGAAGGACAGGUACCUUCAUUGUAAUCGAUGCCAUGUUGGACAUGAUGAUCGCUGAGAGGAAGGUGGACGUGUUUGGCUUUGUCACCAGGAUCAGAGCCCAGCGCUGUCAGAUGGUCCAGACUGAUAUGCAGUAUGUGUUUAUCUUCCAGGCGUUGUUAGAACACUACCUGUACGGAGACACAGAGCUGGAGGUGACGUCUCUGGAGUCCCACCUGGCCAAACUCUACACCCCCUCACCUGGAGCUGGCUGCAGUGGUUUGGAGGCUGAAUUCAAGAAACUGACAUCCAUCAAGAUCCAGAAUGACAAGAUGAGAACAGGCAACCUGCCCGCCAACAUGAAGAAGAACAGAGUCCUGCAGAUCAUUCCAUAUGAGUUCAACAGAGUGAUCAUUCCAGUCAAACGAGGGGAGGAGAACACCGACUAUGUCAAUGCCUCUUUCAUUGAUGGCUACCGUCAGAAGGACUCAUACAUGGCAAGCCAGGGCCCCCUGCAGCACACCAUAGAGGACUUCUGGAGGAUGAUCUGGGAGUGGAGAAGCUGCUCCAUAGUCAUGCUCACUGAGCUGGAGGAGAGAGGGCAGGAGAAGUGUGCUCAGUACUGGCCCAGUGAUGGAGUGGUGGUCUAUGGGGACAUCUCCAUCGAGCUUAAAAGAGAGGAGGAGAGUGAGAGCUACACAGUGCGUGACCUCCUGGUCACCAACAAUAGGGAGAACAAGGCUCGAGCGGUGCGUCAGUUCCAUUUCCAUGGCUGGCCAGAGGUCGGCAUCCCCACUGACGGAAAAGGCAUGAUCAAUAUAAUUGCUGCGGUGCAGAAACAGCAGCAGCAGUCUGGCAAUCACCCCAUCACUGUACACUGCAGUGCUGGCGCUGGCCGGACAGGGACCUUCUGUGCUUUGAGUACGGUCCUGGAGAGGGUGAAGGCAGAGGGCAUCCUGGAUGUCUUCCAGACAGUCAAGAGCCUCAGACUGCAGAGACCCCACAUGGUGCAGACACUGGAGCAGUACGAGUUCUGCUACAAAGUGGUCCAGGAGUAUAUCGAUGCCUUUUCUGACUACGCCAACUUCAAGUAGGGAUCUGCCAUGGAUGGAUGGAUGGAUUAUACAAGCAUGCACCAGAACCUACACACACAUCAAUUACCUUGCAGAAAGCUGCAUAUGCCCAUCUGAUGGACUUUUUAAAAAAAAAAAAAAAAAA